AUGGUUCGAGGCACGAUUGCGAUAGAAGAGGCGGUCAUCAACCCCUCCGACCUAGAGUGGCUCGGCGACUCGGCCGCCAUGUACGCCCCGGGCAGCGGCGCCUCGGACCCCUCGGCGAACAAAUACCACGCGCUCUCCCAGCGCCUCGCCGACAUCCACGACCACCGGCUCAAGCAGAUGGACGCCGAGGGCGUCGAGUACAUGCUCCUAUCCGUGACGUCGCCGGGCCCCCAGGGCGAAGGCGACCCCGUCGAGGCGCAGCGCCUCGCCGUCCACGCCAACGACUGGCUCGCGGCCGAGUGCGCGCGCAACCCUUCGCGCUUCGGCGGCCUCGCGUCCCUGUCGAUGCACGACGGCGAGGAGGCGGCGCGAGAACUGCGCCGCGCCGUCAAGGAGCUGGGCAUGUUUGGCGCCAUCCUGAACGAUUACCAGACCGUGGGCGCGGACGCUGACGAGGUGGUGAUCGUUAGUAUUCCGUUCAACCUGUGGCGCGCGGAUCACUGGUACAACAAGCCCGUGAAGAAGGCCACGAGACCAUCCAAGGAAGACUACAGCCACUACUUCAAGAAAAACAUUUCGCUCACGACCUCGGGCAACUUCAACACGCGGGGCCUCAAGUUCUGCAUCGAGGAAGUUGGCCUGGAUAGGUGCCUCUACUCCAUCGAUUACCCCUACGAUGAGAUCAAGGAGGCGCAGGACUGGUGGAAGGGAGUGGAUUUGCCGGCGGACCAAAAGGAGGUGGUGGCUAGGACGAACGCGAUUAAGUUGUUCAAGUUGCCGCUCGAGAUUUGA